CUUAUCUACCUCGAGGUGCAACUCGACUUGGCCUCCACAUCUCCUUCCGCAUCGAGUCUCGCAGGCACCGUCCCAAGACUGCGCUCAGCAUGCUGUCCAGCGCUACCAACCGUGUCAAGAUGGCACCCGCAGCAAGCAUUCCGCGGCAACGAUUAUGGUAUUGAGGCUGUCCAUGGGACAGCUUACAGGGCGAUGGUCGAGUCUGUACCGGAGUCUCCAACCUAUCGAGACGUGCCGCGAGGCAGCUGCCGAGUCAAAUGCGGAGAACCAGGGCAUCAAUGCAACGGUCAAUGACCUGCGCGUGGCUGAUGACACCUUCUGCCGUUUGAAUAUCCUCAGUCCUUACACACAAUACUCUGGUCUGGAUUACUACGAUACAACCACGCAGUUACCUCCUCCUUCCUCACCACCAUCUCACGAAGGCUUUUCGAACCGCGAGUGGGUGCAAUCCGGUCUCGGUGUGCCGCUCGACUAGACGGGCAACUCACCUCAGGCCUCGGCAGCAUACCUAGACAUUGGCGAUUACCCUCGGAACUCGUGGCUAGAUGACCUGGCGUUCCUUCUGGACAACGGGAUCAAUGUUUCGCUUGUCCACC